UGUGGUAUCUGAGCAGACCUUCUCCUCUCCUCAGAAGACAAGACAGGACAACCCAAGGGAGACAUCCUUGGAAACCAUGGCGGAUUCUUUGGUGGUCUGUGAGGUGGACCCAGAGCUGAAGGAGAAACUUCGAAAGUUCCGCUUCCGGAAAGACACAACCAAUGCGGCUAUCAUCAUGAAGGUGGACAAAAGCCGGCAACUGGUGGUGAUGGAGGAAGAAUUUCAGAAUAUUUCUCCUGAGGAACUGAGGAAUGAGCUGCCUGAGCGACAGCCCAGGUUCAUAGUUUACAGCUACAAAUGGCUCCAUGACGAUGGACGGAUCUCCUACCCACUCUGCUUCAUCUUCUCUAGCCCUGUGGGCUGCAAGCCGGAACAGCAGAUGAUGUAUGCAGGAAGUAAAAACCGACUAGUGCAAACUGCUGAGCUCACUAAGGUGUUUGAGAUCCGCACCACAGAUGACUUGACGGAGGCUUGGCUUCAGGAGAAACUGGCCUUCUUCCGCUAACUGAGGAGGACCCAGAAGGCCACAGAGCGGACGCGGGACACCUGGGUCCUGGGAAAUGAAAUAGCCUCAGACAAAAUAAACUAGUGAAACCGG